UCGCCUCAGCCGCCGCCAUGUCGGCCCAGGCCCAGAUGCGAGCGCUGCUCGACCAGCUGAUGGGCACGGCCCGGGACGGUUCAGUGUAUCUUUGCCUGCCUACAUCAAUCUGCAAGGGAGUUGCAGAAAAGCCUCAUGUUCAUCGAGCCGUGAGUCACAACCAAUUUUUAAAGCUGUUAUAACAAAAAAAAAGUGUUUGCUGCUUUUUUUCACAAGUAACUUUAAAAGUAUAGUUUAGAAAAGAAGGAAAGAGAGAAAAAAAAACAUUUUCAGUAGACACAACCGGAUGCUUGCAAAUCCUGAUCUAUAGUCAUACACAGACUAGCUUUUUAAGAACAAUUGUCACAUACCAUUACCACUUUGCCUUUACUUUUUAUGUAUCAUUCCCCUGACUUCCUUACUGCAGGUUUGGGCAAGAAAACUUUUCCUUUAAAACUUUUCAACAGCGGGCAUAAAAUUCUGCAGCUGAGGUCUUGAAGAAUGCAGAUGGGUAUUGUAUGUGUUGGAGCUCGCAGAGAUGAAACCAGACAAAGGGUGAAGUUCACAGAUGAACGGGUCUGCAAGAGCCAUCUUCUGGACUGUUGCCCUCAUGAUAUUUUAGCAGGGACGCGUAUGGACCUUGGAGAGUGUACAAAGAUUCACGAUUUGGCCCUGAGAGCAGAUUACGAGAUUGCAAGUAAAGAGAGGGACCUAUUCUUUGAGCUGGAUGCAAUGGACCACUUGGAAUCUUUCAUUGCUGAGUGCGAUAGAAGAACAGAACUGGCUAAAAAACGACUUGCAGAAACCCAGGAGGAGAUCAGCGCUGAAGUGGCUGCAAAGGCAGAGAAAGUGCACGAACUCAACGAAGACAUUGGGAAGCUUCUGGCUAAAGCUGAGCAGUUAGGAGCUGAAGGGAAUGUGGAUGAGUCCCAGAAGAUCCUGAUGGAAGUGGACAAAGUCCGCGCAAAGAAGAAAGAGGCGGAGGAGGAAUACCGCAAUUCUAUGCCUGCAUCCAGUUUCCAGCAACAGAAGCUGCGUGUUUGUGAGGUCUGUUCCGCAUACCUUGGUCUCCAUGACAACGACCGUCGCCUUGCUGAUCAUUUUGGGGGCAAAUUGCAUUUGGGCUUCAUUCAGAUCCGUGAGAAAUUGGACCAGUUGCGGAAAACCGUAGCUGAAAAACAGGAGAAGAGGAAUCAAGACCGGUUGAGGAGGAGAGAAGAAAGAGAGCGAGAAGAACGUGUGGGACAACGAUCUGGAUCAAGAAACCGAGAUCGUAGAAGAUCACGAUCCCGAGAGCGGAGGCGACGACGUUCCCGCUCCCUUUCCCGCGAGAAGCGAAAAUCCCGUUCCAAGUCUCGGGAACGGGAGAGGCACCGGCGCCACCGCAGCCGUUCCCGAAGUCAUAGUCGGGGUCACCGACGUGGAUCCAGAGACAGGAGCUCCAAGCAUAAAUCCUCUAGGGAUCGGUCUUCGAGAGAGAAAUCGCGGGACCGGGAGAAGAAAGAGAAGAGCUCGUCUGAACGGCGGCACGAGAGCACCAAUGGCAAAUCUCGCUCCAAGAGGUCGGAGGAGAGGGAAGCUGGCGAGAUCUGAAAGCCCCUUCUUGUACUGUAAAUAGUCUUGGAGAAGCAUUCUACACGGCCCAAAUCUCUCAUUUAUAUUAACGGAAGACAGCACACAUCCUUUUGUAGUUCUGAAUUUCUAUCGUUUCUGCAGCUAGCGGUGACAGUUCCCUGCCAUUGACCGAAACUUUGUUUUGAUUCAGCCUAAACAAACCCAGCAGCCAGGGCUCCAUCCAGAUUAAUACUUUUAAGCAGAACGCAGCUGCUGGGGAAGCAAUCCUAUCAGAAGGACUGCGAUUUGCUUUUGUGGGUGGGUGGGGAAAUGUACCCUCGCCCGCUCAGUUUAAAGCAUCACUUGCAUUUCUGUUGCAAAGUUAAGAUGAUACCUGAUUUGGAAGAACCUCAGAAAUGGUGGUGCCUUUGGCCUCGUUUCUAAACCCCUUCAUUUGGGGAUUCCCACUCCUGUAUUUCAAACAUCCAACCUCUCUGUAAACAAGUCAGCGGUUUAAUUGACAAUGCACCCUCGUCGUAAUUUGGGCACAAUUGCUCCCAAACUGGAUAGGGUUUUGGUUUUGGGGUUAUUUGUAUCUCUGUAGUCUGGUGAAGUUAUAACACAAGCAUUCUAAUUUAAUUGAACCUUUAACUGGAUUAUUUUGCCCAGUGCUCUGCUCUUUAGUGUAGUUUUCUCACAGCUUGCCUAUGUUUCAGCCUAUUCGCUUUCUGGAUUUGGUUCACGUGUCCUAAAUUGUCACUUAACAAGGAGAGCCUCAUCAAAGGCCCUGUUGAGAGGUGCUGAUCCCCGCCCACAGAAAUGUGUUUGGUGAACAAAUUGUGUAGUGCUGCAACUUAGGAGCUGCACUUUUCCGUGAUAAAUUUAAGCAAUUGGUUUGGAAGAAAUCGGUGGGAUAACGGACCAUAAUCUGCUAUCGCUGUGCUCUGCUUGAGAGUUUACAACACUUGAAUUUUGACAAAUGACCACUGUAAGCAGAUAAAAGCUAAUCACAGUCACCCCCAGCACGUCUGGUAAACUGGGGAAAACAUUUGUUCCAUUUCUGUAUCUCCUCCCCUUCGCCUCUGUUUUGGUUUCAUCCCCCCCCCCCAAAAAAAAUUGCAGAGAUUAACGGGAUUCUCCUAAUCCUAAUGCACAAUUAAGAGUUUCUUUCCUCUUUCGCUCUCGCUGCCACUUUUCCUGAUGGAGCAACUUCGCACACGGAUCUUCUUCGUGCGCAGUAUAUCGGUUGGAUAGAGGAAGCAGCAAGCCGAGAGACGUUGGCUGCAUGGAGAGGGCCCCACCUUUGAUGAAAGGCUUCCAGAGCCACAGAGAGAUGCAACUGGGACACAGCGUUCCCAGGAAUGUUUAAAUCUUAAAAUACACCCCUUCCCUCCCCCUCCCACACACACACACCUCAAAAGGUUGAUGGGUCCAGGAAAAGAAACCGGCCAGGCAAAUCACGUUAAAUGUACAAAGCAUUAGGAAUUCAGCCACCCCCUUCCCCUCAGGGUUUUUAUCUUCGGUAUUUGAGCAGUUUGAUCUGUAACGGCACUUUCCCCCUCCCUUGCCCCCUCCUGUCCUCCCUCCCUCCCUCCCCAUGUCUUUUGAGGAGUUUUGGUCUAAGUAACAAAGAUGUAAUUCAAGUGCUUUUGUCCUGCCAGUCUGAUUCACAUUAAAAGCUUACCUUUGUGGCUUGGGAGUGGUCAGUCAUCUCUUGGGAGGGUGGCAUCGAUGUUUAAAACGCUUUGGAAAAACGCAAGCCCCUAACGACAUGAGCACAGAGUAAGAGAAAUGUGCUGAAGCACACUCUGGGGCCAUACGAGGAGUGUCUCGAGCCCAUAAGAUGCUUCUCUUCGUAUUUUACACAUUCCUGAAUUGUGAACACUCGGUAGAAGGCUGGCUCGGUAUUUCUGUUGUGUUAUAUAACAAGGACCAGCCAUUAAAAUGGGCUGUCGGUCUGCAGUACCGCCUAGAACAUCUGUGUCAGAGCUGCCCAUCCUUGAGGACUUUAAGAUCCAUGGACUUCAACUCCCAGAAUCCCCCAGCCAGCCAACAUGGGGAAUUCUGGGAGUUGAAGUCCACGGGUUUUACAGUCACCAAGGUUGAACAUCCCUGAUCUAUGUAAAAGAGUUCUGGGAGUUGGAAGGAGAAAGCUACCACUUCAGCUGAAAAAUGUAAAAAAUUCCAGUUAUCUUGGUCCCUGCCUAAACACAUAUGCCUAACACAAGCUUUAUAUGCUUUUUUGUUUGUUUGGAGGAUGAAUUAAUCAUUCCGCUUCGAUUAGAUUGGGAAGCAUCGUGGCAUGUUAAGUUUCCAUUAAAUUCUGUUUGAAGAGGAAUCCUUUCGUUUGUAUUGUUGCUCAUCACGGGCAUUGUCAGGUCUGCUAACUCUUUGCUGGUAGCUCUUGAUCUUUUGCCCCGGAAGUCGGCUCAUGAGUCCAUACUACGUAUUUACUAUAAGGCUCCUGAAAAUAACCAGUGCUUCACAUCGAUUUGGGCAUAUUCUGAGCAGAUUGGUUCAUCUUGACUCAUUUUUUUUUUGUCCAGAUGAGAUUGGGGCUGAUUUGGAUAUUCCAAAUAAAACAAAUGAAUUUUCUAAAUCGUUUUCACAUGAUGGAAUCUGAGUGAUGUUUCAAAGGAGCUCAAAUUUUUGUCUGGACUUCAUCAACUGCUGUUGCCACACAUUCGAUCGAUGGUUAAGGGCACCAGCCUCCUCUAAAAUUACCAGAUAAGUCCAUACAGAAGUAAAAGCUGAAUGCUUGCUGGCUUUUAUUUUGUGUUUUAAACCACUGAGUCACUGUUAUUACGAAGUUCCAGAAACGGCAGAGUUUAACAUUGCCUUUAAACACUGAGAUAGUGUAAUAAAAAUUGGUGUACAUGUACUUACAAUAAGAAUCUCUAAUGUCCGUAGAAUUAUGUCAUCGGCUAUAAUCCUCUUGUUUAGUGCAAGAAUCUAUUCAACAUUCCUGGCAGGAUUGAUUCCUUCCUUCCCUUCUGCCCUCCCCAUCUCUCAGUUUCCUCCCUUCCUCCCUCCCUUUUCAUCUCUCAGUUUCCUUCCUUCCUUCCUAGGACCCAACUCUUGCUUUGGAAGUAGCUCAUUAUUCAUUUUGACCCGAUGCAAAAAAUGUAGCUUUUGCUCUUGGAAAAGGCUUGUAUUUUUGAUGACUUUAUCCGGGAUUGUUUUUGUUUGGCUUAUAUUUUCACAGUUUCCUCCAUAAUCAGUUUCUUUGGUUGGAGCCGUAGAGAAGAAGAAAAGAAAGAGGUAUUUUAUUAAAAAAGAAAAAGGAAGUAAGAAGGAUGGGAUUCAAGUAGUUCGUUAACAUUUCCAAAGGCCUAGCAGGAUUGUGUAUGAACACCUUUUCUUUUAAAAAAAAACACAUAAAUUCCAGCAUUGAGGAUUUGCAGUUAUGGAAACAGCACAAGCUCUCUAGAGCUCAAAUAAGUUUAUAAUCUUUUAAGCUCAACUUUUUACAUUCAGCUACUGUGCAUUUUAUUCAUAUUCUGCCCAACUUUCUAUAGCGAAUAGCAGAUGUUCUAUCACUAGUGCCUGUAAGGGAAGACAGAUCUGAUGUAGAAUUGAUUUUGUUCCUUCUUAACAGUCUGACUGACGGAGUAGUUGGAGGUGGGCUUUCAAUCUUUCAGCUGAAUUUUGGGUUCGUGUGUUACCUAUUCCCUGCUAUGUAACUGAUUCCCUGACAAGUUUGAAGAGUGAUUAAAAACCUUGUUGGGACUGCCA